CAGACCCCAAAUAGACAGUGGCAGCGCAUAGAUAUAUGGUUGUUUGUUGAGAGAGUACUCUUACCCUUGUUAGUGGUAGUUGCUCAGGCUAUAUCAUGGAUCACACCCAAGUCCACUUCUCGUGCCUUCUUCGAUUUAUAAGCCUUCACAUGUUCUGUUCUUGCAUGUGACUUCUUUGCCUUCUUCCCUUCCCCAUUUCUAUUCUGUUCUUCUCCUCUUCCUAUUCAUCAAUUCGAUUGUUUGUUUCCUUCUUCUUCUUCUUUUUCUUCUAAUAUAAUCUCUCUUCCUGAUAUGAUGCCCCCAGAGCAAGAAAGUUCCAUUGCUGCAGGCAAUGUAUCGCCUAAUAUCAUGCUCACAAACUGGACAGAAACUGUUUCUGUUCAUGCUGAGCCCUCUGUUUCUUCCAUUAACACCACCCCAUGUUCACAAGAUAGAUUACCUGAUAAACAAGAACCAAACCCACCAAGGUUCUCAAUUUUACGUGAGUCUUUACGUCCCGUAACUCUCAAGUUUGAAGAUGUUGCGUAUAGUAUUAAUUUGUCCACAAAAGGAACCUGUUGUUCUAAUGGAACAAAAUCGACAAAAAUUGUACUCAAUGGUGUUAGUGGCAUCAUUCGUCCCGGAGAGCUACUAGCAAUGCUUGGACCUUCGGGAAGCGGCAAGACUACACUUUUAACAGCUCUCGCCGGAAGACUACCGGGAAAGGUCUCAGGUACCAUAACAUACAAUGGCCUGCCCUUCUCUAGCUCUAUGAAGCGCAAAACAGGCUUUGUCACACAAGACGAUGUCUUGUAUCCCCAUCUAACAGUGAUAGAGACCUUAACAUACGCUGCUCUAUUAAGGCUACCAAAGAAGCUUAACAGAGAAGAGAAAAUAGAGCAAGCUGAGAUGGUUAUCAAGGAGCUUGGAUUAACCAGGUGUAGAAACAAUAUAGUGGGUGGGCCUUUACUUCGGGGAGUAUCAGGUGGUGAACGCAAACGGGUCAGUAUCGGGCAAGAAAUGUUGGUAAACCCGAGUUUGUUGUUGCUUGAUGAACCCACUUCGGGGCUUGACUCCACCACGGCUCAACGAAUCGUGGCCACCAUAAAGGGGCUAGCACGUGGCGGUAGGACCGUCAUAACCACCAUUCAUCAGCCUUCAAGUAGGCUGUACAGGAUGUUUGACAAGGUGGUGGUUUUGUCGGAUGGAUGUCCCAUUUACUGCGGGCAGGCUGGUCGGGUCAUGGAGUAUUUUGGGUCGAUUGGUUACGAGCCUGGGUUUAGUUUUAUGAAUCCCGCUGAUUUUCUCCUUGACCUUGCUAAUGGUAUCGUUCCUGACAAGAAACUAGAUGAUCAAUUGGAUGUUCAUGGCACAGUAGACCACCUUGAUGAUCAAAAUUCAACAAAACAAUCUUUGAUAUCAUCGUACAAGAAGAACUUAUACCCUGCAUUGAAAGCUGAAAUUCGCCGAAACUUUCAGGACCAAGUUCUUUCUUCAUCGUCAGGAGCUUUAUCGCUAAGAAAUUCUGAGGAUCAAUGGACCACAACCUGGUGGCAGCAAUUCAGGGUGGUGCUGAGAAGGGGUUUGCAAGAAAGGAAGCAUGAAUCCUUCUCAGGGUUAAGGAUUUUCCAGGUCAUGUCAGUUUCGAUUCUUUCAGGGCUUUUGUGGUGGCACUCUGGUACUUCACACAUCCAAGAUCAGGUGGGACUUCUCUUCUUCUUCUCCAUAUUCUGGGGAUUUUUCCCUCUGUUCAAUGCUAUAUUCACAUUCCCUCAGGAGCGACCAAUGCUGAUUAAAGAGCGUUCCUCUGGCAUGUACCGCCUCUCCUCCUACUACUUCGCUCGAAUUGCUGGUGACUUGCCAAUGGAGCUUGUUCUGCCCACAAUUUUUGUGACUGUUACCUACUGGAUGGGCGGCCUGAAGCCCUCCCUAAUCACAUUUGUACUAACUCUCUUGAUCAUCCUUUUCAAUGUGCUAGUAUCACAAGGGCUAGGACUCGCCCUUGGUGCGAUUUUAAUGGAGGUAAAGCAGGCGACAACUUUAGCUUCAGUGACCAUGCUUGUGUUCUUACUAGCAGGUGGAUACUACAUUCAGCAUAUCCCACCAUUUAUAGCCUGGUUGAAGUACAUUUCUUUUAGUCACUAUUGUUACAAGCUGCUGGUAGGGGUACAGUACUCAGCCAAUGAUGUUUACGAAUGUGAGUUGGGGAUGCAUUGUAGGGUAACAGAUUUUCCUGCCAUCAAGUGUCUGGGUCCUGAUAAUAAGUGGUGGGAUGUGGCUGCUCUGUCGAUGAUGUUGGUGGGAUAUAGAAUUCUGGCUUAUGUGGCUUUGAGAAUGGGGCAACCUCACUGACCCAUUUGAUUACUUGAUGUAUCUUCAUUUGAGUAACUGUAACUAAGGAAAUUGUUUCCCCAUAUCCUCAUCUUCAACUCUUGAUGGGAAGAAAAUAAUCAUGAUGAAGGCUAGCUUGCAUAAAUGUAAAUUGGAUUUCAGAUCAACUGAAAGAUUGUCAUAUUUGUUGUCCAAUUACAUUAAACUUGUAACCAGAUAUAUAGCGGGCUAAUUAUGAUUAAUGAGAAUUUCUCUUUUAUUAGUUUGUGCAGAUAAA